AAUCCGUUUGAGUGUGUCAAAUUAUUGAGUCUCACUGUGAAAAGGUGCAAAAUGGCAGCGAAAAAAAGAAAGUUUUCCCAAGAUUACGUCAAGUUUGGAUUUACCUUCAUGGAAACAGCCGAGUUACAAUUGCCUCUGUAUGCGAUCUGUAUCAAAGUUUUAAGUAAUGAUAGCAUGAGGCUCAAUCGCCUUGAAAGGCAUUUGCAGCAACAACAUCCUAGUCUGGUUUUGAAGACGAAAGAGUUUUUUCUUCUAAAGCAGAAUCCCUCAAGCGGAUGAGACUGGAUAAAUCGGGAAGUUAUCACACAGAUGUAUCGCAGCAUCUCAUAGCUUCAUUUGAAAUAGCUUUUAUGAUAGUAAAUGAAACCUCAUACUAUCGGUGAAGAAUUAAUAAAACCAUGUGUCAUAAAAGCCAUGCAGAUAAUUUUAGGCGCAGAUACAGAGCAAAAAAUGAAGUAUAUUUCUCUUUCGAAUAAAAC